AUGCGGGCCGCCUCCCCCACCCCCGUCUCCCCCACCCCCACCCCUGCUGCUUUUCUUCCCCAAAUCAGCAAAAACCCUCUCCUCUCACCUCGAACCAACCUCCUACGAGCCAGCAACCACCUCCCUUGCCCUUCGUCGUCGGAAGAUGAACGCCGGCCCCGUGAAGACGCGGCGGUGGAGAAGGACGCGGCGGUAGAAGCAGUGGAGAAGCCUGCUGUGGUCAUUGCCGCCGCGGUUGGCGCGGCCGAGGGCGCCGUCGCGGCGACGGGAGGCGGUGCACCAUCUGCUGCGACUGCUCCGGCCGCCGUCGCAGCGGUCAAGCCUGCGGUCGGGGAGCAGGUGGAGGAGGAGGUGGCGGUGGAUCUGGAGGAGCAGAGGCUCAAGCGGAAGCGCGAGCAGUACGAGCUCAUCGACAAGAGCUACGAGGAGGCCCACCUCGACGCUCAAGAAGUGCAGGACGAGGCCGUUGAGUUCGACGAGGAGGUCGACGACGAGCUCUCGGAGGAAGAUGACGAAGACGUGGAUGAUAGUAAGGAGAGCAGGGACAGCAAGAGCCGCUACGUCCCCAGGAGGCUGCGGAAUGGGGAAAUCCCAUACCGCAGCGGAUACAACAGGCUCUACGGCAACAUAGCCUGCCCCUUCUGCUGCGCGAUUAUCAAGAGCGACUACAACAGCCUGAUCAUCCAUGGCACCUAUAUCGGCCGUGGUAAUGGGAGGAACCGCAAGCCCCACGUCCGGGCUAAACAUGCCGCUUUUGGUGCCUUCCUCAGGAAGUACGCGAAGGGGCAUCUGCCAUUCUACCUCCCGAGGCCUCCUCGUCCGGCCAAGAUGCUGAGGAUCUGAUGCGCUGCUUGGUUGUUACUGCUGGCCCACCCUAGUUAAGACUGUUUUUAUGUUAUGGUUGUCGUGUGAUACUUCUGCCCUACCGUACUGCUUGAACUUAUGCGCCGUCUAUCUUUUGGGUUCUGACUGUUUAACAUGCUAUGUUUAAGUGUUUGGUAGUACAUUGCUCAUUUCUGGUAAUGGCCAACUUCCAAUGCUACGUGCUUAGGUACAUGCUAACAAUAAUAAACAUGGUUUUCUGAAGCAGCAGUGCCAAUUUGUACAUGAUAGGCGCCUAAUUAAGCGUCUACCCCGUUCUAAUAAGCGUCGUUGC